AAACCAAAAAAAACCAAAAUAAAAACCGCAUAAAACCGAACCGAAUAACCAACGAUUUACAUAUUUUUUAUGCAAAACCGAACCGAACCGCUAACUUACCUUCCGUUUUGUCUUUGGUUUUGGUAAAAACCGAACCCACCCCUGCUUAGCCGGCCCAAUACCAAUUCGUUCUCUCAUCUUCGCGACAUCUUCUUUCCCGAAGGAAAGAAAACCUGCAAGGAAACGAUGGAUGAUUCAACCCAAAUUCCUCGCUGCGUUAGAUCUUCACUGAAGGAAAGAAAUCGCUGUAACAGGACUAUUGAUCCUUCGCCAAAUUCGAGAGGGUUUUUCUUCUUCCGUCGUAUUCCAGUGGCUGGGCUAAGCAAAUUCCUAGCGAGGAGGGAGUUACGAUGCCCAUCGCCGACGAUGUUGACGGAGGGUAACAUAGUCGACAAUUAAAUCCAGACAAUAUGAUGAUGAUGAUGAUGAUGAUGAUGAUGCAACAUAGGCGAAUAGAUUCAAUGAUACCACAAAAUAAUGGCAUCUCAAUUUCUACAGAUCUUUUCACUGGCAAGUGUGUCAUCUUUAGUCGAAGGUGAUUCUUCAGCACCUACUCUUGGCUUCUCCAGUUCUCCUCUUCAAACCCUUUCACUUUAAUUUUUUUGCUACAACUAGAGACAUUACAUAGUAGCAUGAAGUCACAUGAACCCUUUUAGUGGUAGGCUUGGGCCAACAGCCAAAGACGGUAUUGAAGAUUACAUUCUGAAAUGCUUAUAAAAAGAAUUACUUGCGGCUCUCUUAUCUGAGUGCUGGAAAUGUGCUACUAGAGAAGUUUUUCACUUACAUGCUGCUGUUUUUAUGAAAUAUUUUUAAAGUAGAGUUCAUUCAGUUCAU